CGGAGUCUCGGAGAGCGUCAGCACCGGUCGAGGGGGUGCUAUCACAGCGGACAGGGACCUUCGCUGGGUUCCCGCCGACGUGAGGACGCAGCGGAGCUCUGGAAGUUGGAGUCGUAGCGGGAAGCGGUACCCUACUGAGCGCUGGUGGCACGGUUCGAUUCCAGAUAGGGUCUACAAAAUACCCCCCCCCCCAACUCCCAUCACCUGGUCGCGGAUUAGAGGAGUCGCGGAUUAGAGGAGUCGUUCUGCGCGCUGUCGCCGUCGCAGGAGCCGACUGGGCAGUGCCGCGCCCGCCCCCACUGCUCUGGGGGUCUCUCUGAGGCCACCUGGAGACGUUUUGGGGGUGCGAGGACCUCGCUCACCUCCCGCAGUGGCUGCGCUCCCCGCCUCUGACCCCUAAUCCAUGAGCUCGGGGAUGGCCUAAGGAGGGGGCGAGGGGGUGGGGGCAUGGAGGAGGCCGUGGCUCGGCUGGCCGUGCCCAGCGCCAGCUGCCUGCUGCUGCUGGGCCCCGCGGCUCUCGCCGUGCGUCGCCGCUUCUACUGCGAGGGCCUCGUCUUCGCCUUCUCCUCCUUCUUCCUCGCGGGCUGGCACGCGUGCGACGGGCCCGACUCCCUCGCGUGGUGCGCGCUGCGCCCCGAGCUGCUGCUGUACUUCAGCGUCUACAGCGAGGCGCUCUCCCUGUGGCUCUCCAUCCUGGCCGUGGGGGAGCUGGGGGAGCCGCGACGCUCGACGGCCGCGAUGCUGGGGGCCCUCACCACGGCGAUCCGCGUGGCGCAGGACCCCUACGGAUACGGGGUCUACUCGGGGCCCAUCGGAGGGGCCGUGCUCAUCGUGGCCACCAAGUUUCUCCGCAAGAUGCGGCAGGUGAAGGGGCUGUACCCGGAGAGGCGUAGCUACCUCCACCACAUCGGGCCGGGCUGCUGCGCGGCAGGGCUCGCCUUCACGCUCAGGUUCUUCGUGCAGGACAUAGAGUACACGUACGUGCACAGCGCCUACCACGUUCUCCUGGCGCUCGCCUUCUCUUUCCUGCUGCCCUCUUCCAACCCGUAUGGCCUGCCCCCUCACAACUGCUGCUGCCCGGUGGCCUGCGGGUCAGGCCCGGCCGCCUUGCCGCCGUUGCCCGCGUUGCCCCGCGGCCUGGUUGCUCGCCUCCGCUCACUGGACCCUGACCCCGACCCCGGCCCCGACCCGGACCGGGACCGGGACCCGAACCCUUCCCCGUGCCGACACGCGGGGUUCCCUGCCGCCGCGAGGAGCGGACUCCCAGAAGCGCCGCGGCGGGUGCUGCCCCCUUUCCCGGCCACGCUGCCCCGGGGCCUGCGCCCCGUCUCGCUGCCCCGGGGCUUGCGCCCCGUCUCGCUGCCCCGGGGCUUGCGCCCCGUCUCGCUGCCCCAGGGGGAGGGCAGUGGCGAGGAGACGUAGCCCGGACCUGGGAUCGAACCUACACUCCCCGGGAGUCUAGUGUCGUGGGGUUUUCGAACUCGUGGUCAUCUGCUGCCCGCGCCCCCCCCCCCUGCGCCCAGGCACUGCGGCGAGUGACACGACUCCCCGUUUCUGUGUUCAUCGCAAAGUCUCUGUUGUGUUUUUUAUUGUAAGAUCGGUCGUGAUUGUAAAUGCACAGUGAUUAGAAUUCAGUCGGACCAGUCUGGAACGCUGCUCCAGGAAUAAUUUUGGCCACGUCGCAUCCAUCUCCCCUUAAUUUGUCCUAAACCUGCUUAUAGGGUUACGAUAAACUCAGCUCUGAUCAUGGAGUAUCGGGCACAAUGAUAUAAGAUUAUUGUGCCUUGGUAUUCCGUGUACUCUAGAUCCCAAUGGAGCAAUAGAGCAUUGGGAUAUACGGAUGAAAUGCGCCUUACAAAUGUAAAGUAUCAUUAUUAUGACUCUAGUGGUAGUGCCUUACGCCAGUAAUCCAUAUUCCAAGCCAGCUCUGACGUUAUGGCCGUGCGGCUACUCGCGAGCUGCCGAGUCCGUCGUACUUUCAGGUCGCGCCGCUACGCGUUGUUGUUCGGAACGAUGUCCGAUGUUUCGCUCCACGUGCUGGGGGCUUCUUAAGGAGCUGAACUCAGGGGAUCACAUUCUCCCUCGAUGACAGAGCACUACCGGCAUCAGGUCAAGAGAUGAAGCGUCCGUGAAGAACUCGUGAGAAUGGCGCUAGAAGCUGGUGAGGAACGGGAGGUGGCCCGCCACUGGGAUAAUCACGAGCACCGGGACACGCGGAGACGAGAAGCCGCUGUGUCGAGAAGGGUCUCACGCACACUGGAAACCUGGAACUCAGAACUUGAGACCUGGAACUUGUAAUUGGAACUUGAAACUUGGGACCUCGAACCUGUGACCUCCGACUGAGCCUUUGAAGUCUGGGCUCUGGAACCCGGGCCCUGGAAGAGGCACGAGAAGACCUGGACCGAGAGGCGAGUUGUGGUCGGCAGAGGGCGCCAUGGCGUCGCGUGUGAGGUCCACGACCGGUCUCUGUGGUGGCGGCAUUGACGGCGGUGCUGAGCUGGUUUUGGUGGUGGGUGCGCCAGUGGUGGUGGUGGUGGUAUUGUUGAUCGGCGGUUGUUUUAUUCAUUGAUGAGGAUUGAUAAUGACGAUAAUGAUCUGGACACGUGGUGGUCCAUCGGUAGUCAUUCCGGAUUUCUCUGGAAUCCUCACAGAGCAUCCAAUCAGAAGGGGACACGAAUCAGCAUUGGAUAUUCAUGCCGCUCCAGCCAUGCAGCAAGAAUCUCGAGGUGCCACCUCAAUGUCUUGAUCAAGGACAUCUUCAGACAUCCUGAGCAUUGGAACCUGUAACAAAGAGAGAGACAUUGGCGCCUGGCAUUAAGGGGGUAUGAUUGGAACUUACUCUUGAGACCUGUUACCUCAGACUGAGACUUUAAAGCUGGGAUUGUGAGCCGGGGUUAUAGAACUGGCGCGAGGAGAUCUGGGAGUGAGAGUUCGGAAGUACCUCGGCAGACCCGGGAGCUGGAACCCAAAUAUUGGGCCUUGGAACCUGCGACUGAGACAUGGAGCCCCUGAUGAGGAUCUGCGAGUCGGACUGAGAAUUGCAACUCUGCAUCUGAAACCUUUAGACUGUUAACUCGGCAUCUGGAACCUUGAGACUUGUAAAUGGGACUCGGCACCUGGUAACCUCGAAGCUGGGAGCUGGGACGAGACGGCAAGCGGCAGCUGCUGGAGCUGAUGC